CUCUGACAGACAUCUAUUAAUACUGCUGCUGACGUCAAAUGUGUCCGCCAUCUUUGACGAGCGCUGCGCUGCUUUUCCCCCCAUUGAAGAAGAAGUGAGGAGGAAUCAGCCGACGCGCAGUGCCUUUGCAGCAUCCCAGAGGCUGGUAACGGUUAGCUGUUGAUAUACGCAGACAUUUCCUCCCAUUCUGAGAGCGGGGCACCGACAUCAGGCACAGGUGAGACCUUGGAUAUUUCCUAACACAUUUUCAACGUUUUUAUUUCCCAGCCUUUCUGCUUUUAUGUCCUGAUUUCUCUCAUUUCUGAAUCGUGAGCGUUGGAUUUGAGCGUCUUUUACGCAUUUGGUAUUUUCGGGUUUGAUGUUGUUUGAGGGUAAAGCUGGUGUCUUGCUGCAGUGUUUGAGGAAGAGAGGGAGGAAAAAGAAGGAGAUGGAGACGGUGGAGGCAGUGCGUGACCUCCCGGGUGAUAAAUCUGAAACGCGCAGUGCAUCGCUGCGAGGAAGGAUGCGCUGCGCUAUAAUGCGUAUAUUCAGUGUGGGCGUUUUCGGUGUUUCAGCACCGUGGACAGCGUCAGGGAGGGAAAACAGCGAGGUGUUGAACAUGUCUUUGCAGGUCGAUUAUUCGCAUUACGAAAGGUCGUUUCUGAGAUGUUGUUUCGCUUCUUUUCAUUCAAACUGAGAGAAACGCAGCAGGUACAGGCUGCUGCUCAUGUCGCAUCACAGCGGCGGAUCAUGAAUCAAUCCGUCGACCUCAUGUCAGACAGAGAGAAAAACAAAUAAGGGGCCUCCCCCCGCUGAGAUUCGGGGAGUCGGGGUGAUAGCUGGAUGUGUUGAGAUGGUGGAGAAGAUGGUGUAAUAGUAAACUGCGCCAUGCACGGUGAAGUCGGUGGGAGGAAGGUAGCCGAUAUAAACAGGAGGGAGGGGUUGAGGCAUGAUCCAGCUCCAUGAAUGCGUCGCUUUCCCUUUAUUUAUUUUUUUUACGCAUUGUCUUCUCCGCGCAAAUGUCCGAAUCCACGCCACGCUGUUUGGCGAGGACAGGUCUCAAACAUUUGUGCGUACGUGCAGGAGUGGGGGGGAGGAUGAGGGUUAUUCCUGUGAGAUAUGAGGGGAGAAGAGCGCCGGGGAGGACCGUGGUGAAACCCGCACUAUGACACCCAGCCCCCCUCCUCCUCAUCCUCCUCCUCCUCCUCUUCCUCUCUCCUUGAGUAUCCUAUCAGACCCUCCACCCGCCGUCUCCAAAGCGACGCACAUUACUGUCAACGAGCCCCGCACCCGCAUGUCUGUCAAAACCACGCAUGGCGCACGAUGGCUGAGUGAUAAAUGAGCACCUGUGAGCUCCACAUGCGCAGCGUGUUCCCGUUUGGAGUGCUGCAUUCACACACACACAGUAGCGUGGCAGGGUUCAUGUGUGAAUAACCCAGAUUUUUAGACAUGUUUCACCUUCUCAGUGGGAAAAAACGUCGACGUCGUGGUUUUUAACAUGACGUGACGCAGCUGUGUUGCCUGUCACGCACAGCGCUUUGAGAGGAACCCGAGCUCCAUGAGACAGAGGAGAGAGAGGAGAGAGGAUGUAAUUGUUGGUUUGAUUCCGCAGAUUGGAUGUUGAAGCUGUGUUGAUCUUUGGCGCACCUGGCAUUAUAUCGUAUUACCACAUGGGGCGGUAGGGUGGCUGAAUGAUGCCCAGUAGUACAUGCUGUCACUUUAGGGUCGAUUGAAUGUUUGUAACACCACUGGAGAUCGUGCUUUCUGCCCUCUGACGCAUGGGUGACAUUAACUGGAGGGUCUUUUUCUUGUUAAGUUGUCUAUAAUCACGUCAAAAUCACAGAUUUAAUGGUCAGAGAAGAGUCAAAAUCAAACAUGCGAGUCCUUUUCUGCAGGAAGGCUAACCCGCGUGGUCAUGACAAUGAAGAUCACAGCCUAUAGUCUAGAGAGAGCGCACAGUAAAGCCCCAAAGGAUGGCCUAGUUGCCAUGACCGCUGUACCAAUAUCACUGCGGCUCACACUGUUUGGACUGCAGAGAGGGUGGUAGAGGUAGUAGUGGUGGUGAUAGAGGUAGUGGGAGGGGGGUUUCAGCAGGCCUGUACUGCACACACAUGGAUAAAUGGUGACUCACAACGCCAUCGCCGUCCUCUGAUUGUUUCCCACCCCGGUCGUUCCUCAUUUCUUUACACUGCGCUGUGCUGUAAGCUCCUCUGAUCACUGCUGGAGAAUACAAAGCCGAGGGGCCGCCUGGCUGGCUGGCUGGCUGGCUGGCUGGCUGCGCAUUGCGUGCUUUGGGGAGAUACAGGCCUUGACUUUGUUCUUGUCGCAGCUCAGGAGGAAGCUAAAGAGAUAUUUCACACAAUUUCUGUCGGCUUCUGUGGUUUCGAAGGUCGCUGUCAGGCCCAGACCGACCAUACAUCUCAAGUCGACACAUGCACAGUAACCUCAAACUACAGUCACAUUUCCUCGUUAGAUCUCCUUUUAACGAGUACGAAGGGAAAUCUCCAUCUCUCUUCAGUAAUAUUUUCAUCUUCCUCACAAACAGAAAUCCUCUUUUAAACGUUUCCUUUGACACAUUAAACGUCAACCUUCUUUGGAGUUACAAAGAGCCGAAUAUCAAAAAAGAUGUUCGUGUUUGAAUCUGAGGAAAAUAAAUACCGGGGAGAUGACAGGACAAGGGUAUUUUCAGAUCGCCCUUGAGCGAAGAAGUAGACGCCGUCUCACUUCUUUUAGGUUCAGCACUUUGGACUGUGUGUGAACCAAGUCUACUGCGGUAACGUCCCCCCCUGUCACUGUGCGGCGCAGGUUUGAGCCGCAUGACAAACAAGAUCAUCCUCCUGGAUUCAGUCGAGCUUGUUCUGCCGCUGUGGUGGUCAAGUAGGCUGUUAUAUCUCUCUUAUUCUGAUCUAUUCUGAUGCCCAUUUGUGUACAAACCUGAGGGAAUCAUCAUUUAUAAGAAAGAGAUUAUUUAGCUGUACAAAAACGUCAAAUUUCCAGACCAGAUUUCAAAUUGAUUUGUUAACUGAACACUUUUAUUGUCAGAAAGUUUGAGGCUUUGGGAAAUGCAAUGUUUGUGUUGUUUCCUUAAGUGCUGUAAGGACUCAGAUGGAGCAGAUCCAGGAUUUCGAAGAAGACUCAGACCCCACAGACCGGAGUUCAAAGCCAGGAGUGUGUUUCUCUUUCACCGAGGGAGUGUUGGAUACACGACAGCGAUAAGCUAAGUGGCCGCCAAAACAGGCGAGCCGGGGGAUGAAAUGCAGAGUUUAGCUUUUUGUGUCCAGUCAGCCCUCGCGGGACACCCUCUCACUUUCUCAGAGACACUCUGCAUGUGAACAAAAACACAGGAACAAAAUGGCCGCUCCGGAGGCCUCGAAGCUGAGCCGAAGCACGCAGACGAAAAUGAAGUACUGCAUCAGCUCCUGAAUGAAAACGCCGUCUCAGUUUGUCUUUCACAGAUCUGAUAUCGCAAUUAUCAUCAGCGUUUUUGGGGGACAAACGAUUAAAAACUCCAUCUUCUUACCUGUUCAGGAGACGAUUAUCCGGCCAGGCAUUCCCACCGCUCCUCCAUCUGUCCUGUCUCUGGCUCUCACAGGGUUCGAUUGUUCCUCUUUUGAUUAAUGAGAGGAAUUUAGAGAGGAAGAUGAAAGCUAUUAAAGAGAGGAGAGAGUGAAAUUAGGAAGCUAGAAGGGAAGAGAGAGAAAACGCCGUCAAUGUGAAAACUCAAAUGCAUAAAAAUAAGAAUAAUAAAAGCAUUGCUCCUCUUUGAACAGGUGGGAUCAUGCUUUUAAUAAACCUCAGCCUCAGUUGUUACUACAGUAAGCCGAUAGCCUGGAGUACAAUCAUUUACACAUUACAUUUCUGCUCCUGUCGGGUAUAAUGCAGAGCGCUCAGUUACACAUUGAUCUGCAGCCUCAGACGUAUCGCUUUCACCACAGCAUGAGCCGUUUCUUCUUCUUCUUCAUCGUCCCUGUAUGACCAAAGCGUUCACUCCCAGAAUAAUAUAGUGUAUAUAUAGACUUAUUAUUACUGUGUCAGUGAAGCAGAAAGUCACCAAUUAAUCUGCUCGGGUCAACAUGAAUACGCCCUGCGUCCUCUAGAUUACAUGGCAUUGUGUGCUCAGGUGCGGGGACAAUACUGCUGCAAACAUGAAACUGUGUGCUGUGUGGAGAUGCGUCGGUUUGGUGAUUAGCCGAGUGUUACGUGGUGGCGGUGUGUGUUUUUUGGCGAUAUUGUUGCUGUGGGUCUUCCUGUCGGGUUGGGUAAUUUAUGAUGCUGCAGUGCAGCUUGUUGGUGCAGGACAGCCUCUGCAAUGCAUGUACACAAACCAUAAAGAGCACAGAUAGUGUGGGAUGAAGCCGGAUUUGAUUGGCUGGUUUUACAGAUUUCACUUCCUCAUUUUUCUUGAUAAACACGCAGUUUGAACUGGAGCGUUUUGGAGCGUGACAGCACGCAUGAUGUGAGAUUUUAGGACUUAUGCAACAGAUCUGGUUAGUAAUGAGUCUGUUUCAAACUGCACAGUCACCACUUGUGUUAUAAGCAAUGCAAAGUGUGUAUGACUGAUUAUUGCACUGGAGGUCAGCAUGAACAACUGCAGCAUUUAUUAUUUUUGCAUUGUUUAGACAGAUUUUAAUUUGUUCAAACUGCAAAAUUUGUAGUUUUUCUCUAUUUUCUGACAUGCUGCUGAUCUGGGUUUUCAUGUUUGACUCUAGAUAUCACUAUUUGAAAUUUUUAUGUGGAGUCAUAUCCACAACUGUACAAAUUUGCCAACAGAGUGACUGCAGACUUCAGUAUUUAUAAGGGCAUAAAAGCGAGAAGCUCCAUUACUGCAGCAUCUGGGGUUUUCUCUUUGCAAUCUGCUGCCGGCCUGAAGAUUUCAACCCCGGGAUUCCAUCAGUGGUGCAGAUAUGAGAGAAGACAUCAUCUGUAUUCUCCUCCUGCAGAGCCAAACAUCUCUCCUCUCCUCUCUGACGUUUAUUGUGCCGUUAAAAACAAGAGCGUGUCGCUAAUUCAAAACAGGCCCGUGCAGAAACCGCUCUCUGUCGGUCAGAUGCUUCUCCAACCACCUUUAGCUUUACUGCCGACGUCAGCCCGUGUGUGCACCUCUCCCUGCCGUGUUUUGCUUGUCACAUGUCACAUCUCCAUGACCCCUCGGGUCGUCAAAACGUCAUCUUUAAUAGCUACAUGGUAAUAAAUGUGGCUCUGGGGGACUCCUGUGGGUGGGCUAAUGGGAAGGGGUCCCUUUCACCUACAGACGCCACAGAGGAGAGUGUGGACACGUGGCUGAAGGGCGUUGGCGGUGGACAUAUUUAGUAUGAUUAGAGAACAUGUUGAAUUUAUCUGCAUUUCCUUGUGCAUCAGGACAUUAUCUGCCCACAGCAGCUCAAAACGGACGGUGCUGGGAUGGUCUCGUCUUGUCUUCCCAUCUAUUGUCCCUUUUGCUGUGCUGCACACUCGUUUCCAGGCUGAUAAGGAGCCACGCAGCUUCAGAGGGAGAUGAGGGGGCGGUCAGGCCUUAUAUCACAGAGCUUGCCCUUGUCUUCACCCCCUCGGUCUAUCAGGUCGGAUUUUGCUUGUGCAGCAGCAACUUCACCAUCCAGAGACGAGUUAUAAGAAGGUUGACGAGAGCCGAACCUAAAUCAGCCAAGUGUGCCGCGUAUUAGCUUGAACAUUACCUUUAACGUUGAUGGAAGAAAGUCCAACAGGAUUUGAUACGCUCCAAAACAAACAAAAACACUCAAAACAAGUCGAAAAAAACGUUGUGUCCUUAGUGGGGCAUUGAUAUUAAUGCUACUCGCUAUCUAGACCAUAUAUUGGCUUAAACGUCACCCCUCACAAUAGGAUAUGAUGCGCUCGUUGAUGACUCAAAAUAAGUCGACAAUAACGUUGUAUGUCGUUGUGCCACAAGGUGCGGGAAGAAAUCAUUUGUGGCGAAUUGAUAUUAAUGAUCAUGUAAAAUUCCAGUAACGGCGCACAUAAGUAGGGGAAACUAUGACGGAGUAUUAGAGCCACAUUAAGAGAAAAAUUAGAGAAAAUUAAGACUUCUAGAUUGAAAUCAUUAAUUUACAAGAAUAUGUCAUUACUUAUGGGAACAAAGUCAAACUAAAAUCAUUUCUUAUGAGAAUAAAGCCGGAAAAAAGUAAAUACUUACGAGAAUUAAGUCGUAGUAACUACUACUACUAUACUUAUGAUAAUGUGGUGCUGAUGUGCCAAAACAUUAAGAAUCUCCUUGUUUGGGAAAAAUAUGUUGAAGAACAUUUUCACGAAAUGGCUUUAAUUUCAACAACUGUUAUCUUAAAAAGCAGGUUAGAAUAUAAGGACUUUAUUCUCUGACUUAUUUCUUGUAAGUAAUGAUUUUACCACGACUUCAUUCUCAUAAGUUAAUAACUUAAAUCUCAAAGUCUUACUUUUUUUUUUCUUAACUUGGCCCUAAUACUCCGUUGUAGGGAAACACUGCAGCCCAUUAAUGUCGUAUUGUAUCGUGUCAGAUUAACUCGACUUUAAUAGCAGAAUUUAAGACAAAGGAUUUUACUCAUCAGAAAGAAAUCAGAGGAACACAUAUUUGGAAACUUGAAUUAAAAGUUCUCCUCCUUCCCUCCUCUUACAAUGACACGGCUAAAACAGAGGUUGCACUUAAUCUGCUCGUUAACUUACAGACUCGUCCUCCGAUGAUUGCGAUCGUUGACUUUCAGAGGGCAGCCCGUCGAUGACAUUGCUUUUACUCUGACGGUGCGUGAUAAUUGAUGGACCUGUGCUGUGGUUCCAACAUUAACAGAGACACGGGUCAUUCUGGUUUCCCUCAAGACGUUUACAGUGACCUUCAGUCGCUGACACGGACCACAGUACUCACUUUUCAUCUCUCUAAGUUGCACCUGUUUUAAUGAAUCACUCACACUGACUUCAUCUCCUAUUUUAACCCUCUGAGCAGAUAGUACACAGCCUGGGGCAUGAACAAGAUACUUAAGUCUUGCAUGAUUCACCUGUAUGUUGUAUGUCAUUAAUAGACCAUGAUGGGCUUUUGGAAAGGACAGUAUUUUGCUGUGAGUCAAAGUCUAUUUAAAGCUCAUAUAAGUGAUUUUAGUCUUGUUUGGAAAGAGAUAAAUGAGCAGCGAUGCUUUUUUAUAACCUAUAAAUGCAAAAAGGACCGUACGUACUGUCUGCAUACUUGUCUGGAUUGUCUAGUGGGGCGCUCACACUAAGCGCGAGUUAAACCAUCUACUCGCUUAAUUCGCGCGAAUAGUAUUUACUCGCUUCAUUCGCGCCUCAACAGUAAUUUCAGCGAUCCCUACCAAAACAAAAGUUUUUACAAUUUACCAGGUAAUCCAACCUCCUCACUCACUUUCCUUUUUAUUCCAGUUUCGGUUAUUGAAAGAAAAGGUAUUAUAUAAUUUGACACGAUCAGUUUGUCCUCCAUUUUAGAUACCAGUGAACAAACGACUGUUUUCAUACAUCACCCGGCAACCUUCGUGCUGAUUAGUUAUCGCGAUGCAAAUAUACGCUCAAGUUGAGACAUUUUCAGCUCAAGCCUAAUUCGCAUCAUUCGCGCCACUAGAGUAGUAGAUGCGUCUAAUCGCGUCUUCCCAUUGACUUAACAUGUAAUUCAUUCACGCGAAUGAUUUCACUCGCGCUUGUUGUGUGGAGACAGUAAUAUUGUUGGCUGAGGGGGGUAGGUGUCAGCCGAGUUCAUGGCGGUGAUUUUCAAUGAAAGAAAAAACAAAAUUUACAGAAAAGACGAGUGUUACUGCUUUGCCACAGGGGGCGCCAAAAUCAACACAAACCAAAAGUUCCUUACAGGAGCUUUAACAUCAAUUUUAAACACAGCAGCCGUGUGUUUUGUGACCCUGGUGAUAAGCAUGCUAACUCUAAGUGGGACUGACUGACUGGGAACUGCUUAAGCGAGUACUCAGCUCUGUUAUGAUCUCCCACCUCCUGCUUUUCAGUGUGUUUGUGUUUCUGGAUGGUUACAGUCGGGUCGGAUAAAUAAGUGAUACAGUUUUGGACUCCUCGGGUCAAUAAUGCAUGGCAUUCUUGGUAGAGAAGCGGGCCACAGGGAUAGCACUGCAGCACUUAAUGCUAGCUCCACCGUGGAGGGAGAAAAGAGCUGCAGCUGUAGAGACACUUUGGUUUGUUAUGUAAUGCUACAUCACUGUUGAUAUAAUUCAGGCUUCCACUUGUUCCUAGAAGGGUGCUGUCAUCUUAUCGCCACGGUCAUAACAUGUUAAAACCUGCAAACGUGAAAGAAACAUCACAUUACUCUUCUUCAAAACCAAAAGAACAAAUCCUGGAGGGUUUAUUCAUGAUAUAUGAUAUUAUUUUGCAUACAUCAUCUGUUACCAAACUCUGCAGCAGCAACAACAGACCUACCAAUGUUGCUCUAUGUGUCUUGUUGCAGGAUAACCUUUUAAAUCCAGUUCCUGCAGUUUCAUUUAUCUCUCCAUACUUGUGGUGUCAUCUCGUCGCAAUAGAGCAGAAAAUGAGAUGAGAUAUUUUUAAACCCCGUGACUAACUCUAUCAAUCACACCACAGCGACGUCUCGCAGUAAUCUAAUGUUUUGUGAAACAUAUAUCAGACACUCUAAAGGUCUAUUUUUAUGCGUUUGAUUCGGGGACAGACAUGAAGCGUCUGAAACCGAAGCUGGAAAGCAAACAAAAUGGCAGCCAGCAUGAUGCACACACUCCGAGCCAGAGAAGAGAGGGACACACACACACACACACGCAGCUCAGUUUGCAUAAAGCAGAACAAAGAUCGAUUGUGUUUUUCUUUCUCAAAACAAAGCUCGACUGUUCCUCGCUUUGUUGGUUAGCCGUCUGUAGCAUAUUAAUAAGUCUGUCUCUCAGUCUACAGACAUUUUUACAGUAAUUGUUAAAGACACGGAUAGUACUAGGCCGUAUUGUAAAUAUUCAAACUGUAUUUUUUUAGCUUAUAAACUUUAAAGUUUUUCUAUCUUGAUUCGGCGCCUGUUACUGAGUUUUAUUACAUCAGAUCAGUUAUAUUUUCUUCAGACUUACCUGGAGUCCCGCAGGGCAACGUUCUCGGUCCUCUUCUUUUCAUUUUAGAAGCAGAUAAUUCACUAAAAAUCAUGCAAAAGCAGAUAUAUUUUUGCUUUUCCAUGACUCAGUUCUUGAUAAAAAGCUGAUAUUUUUAAACUUAGAUCGAUAAAAAAUCAGAAAACCUGAACUUAACAUGUUACAAAAGCAAUAAAAACAUUAAACAACAACUCGAUAUCAACCUAGCCUUGAAUGAUGACACUGUAUUCAUGCUUUGUUUUUAAUAUACUUUAUUAAAUUUGUUUUUGUGAUGCAUUAAGAAACAGGCUUCUUUCUCCUCUGUGAUCUCACUGUCGGGCUCAGGAACUCAUGCUAAAUGGAACCUGAUUUCUAAAUCCAAACUCUUUUUUCUUUUUGGAGAAUCUGCACGUGGAAAACACUAAAUUUGUGCUUUUAUAAUUUCGAUUUUUUGCAUAAUAGAAUUAAUAUUUUGCAUUUUUCUGUCUUUUUCCUCUUGAGUCUCAGGUUGUGUCCUCUUAAUGUAGAUAUUCCUGCUUGAUUUUUGCUCUUUUAUCAUAUUUUAUGAGCUCACAUGACAGGCACAGUAAAAAACAGACAUUAAAUUGACAGAUGUGAUCUGACACUAAAUGACUGUGUAUUGCGGUUUUAUGAUUCUGCAAGAAACGUAUUGAUUUACCUUCAUAACCGAGGCAUGGUUCGGUCUGUAAGGGAGACGGGGACAGACAAACAAGAACUGUGCAUGUCGAAAAUGAAGGACGGAGGAGGUGGAGAAGGUGUGCAAUCUUCUCCUGGUAGAACAAGAUGAAAUACGCCGUCCUCUGGGGUGCAAUACGGAGGGGAUGGAAAUGAAGGUAGCGUCAUAUCUUUGGUUAUUGUUCCCAUGGUGAUUACUCGGAAAUGUCGCUCUGCAGGUGGAUGUAUGUUCUACUUAACAUUCAUUGGGACACAAGUGCUUAACAGAGCAGAGGUGCUGUGAUUUCUGCUCGUCCAAUUUCCCCAAAUACGCUGAUGAAUGUGCAGCCUUACCCCACAAACUGUCACGCUACAGUCGUGAAUCACAUUUUACAGCAUCUCAGUGAAAUCAUCUGCAAACCUCAUGCCUGUAUCUACUUAUGUAUGCAUUUCUAGCGUGAUGCAGCCAAGUUUUGUCGGCUUAAUCACUGGAAAAUGUAUUUUCUUUGUGCUCUCGUUCCUCUCCUUUAUUGCUCUCCUUUCAACCCAGGGUCAAAAGGUCGCGCUAGUUCCCACUUCCUGCCGUAAAUGUUGGCGUCAGUGUAAUAGAGAGGCGAUAAAAACACAAGGGUAAAGGAAGUCGGGGUGUGUGUGUCAGCUCACAAAACUAGAUUGAUAAGGUUGUUUUUUAUGACACUGGGUGGAAGUGAAGGAGUCACUCGAAUCUGCAAAGCAGUAAAUGAGCAGCAGAGUUUUCCUCUGGUUUGUUGCACGCUUCAAAUGUUUGUUGCACAGUAAUUCUCAUAUAUGUUGGCUGUUGAGUCAGUCCUUGCAGUAUGCACGAUUCAGCGUUAUAAAGGAGUUUUUGUUGUUGUGAUUAACGCUGUAAGUUCAAACUACCCUUAAAAGCAGCAUCCACAAACAUCCAGGUGAACUAAAUUUAGCUGCCUCUCAAAUUCUUUAAAUAUUGAAGUUCUGAUAGUAAUUUGUCGAGUGCAAAGCUUGUAAACGGAACAUUAAGUCAAAUUUCAGCGUGGCUGUUAAACCUUAAUUGCCUGAGUUUUGGUUAUGUAAGUGGACAGGACAACGAGGAGGACGAUGAUGAUGAUGAUGCCCUCUUUUCCUUCAGCGAGUCGCUUGAAGAUCAAACUCAACAGACAUUUAGCUGCACAGUCCGGUUAGAGGUUUAUAUAACCCAACAUGGCCGCUGCUGUUGUGAAACGACGCAAAGGAGAGAGAAAAGGAGAGAGAGGAGGGGGAACACGGAGUGUAAAUAUCGUGUUUUUAAUCUUUUGUGGCUUUUUGACUCUAUCAGCAGCUUUCUCUCUGAAAAUGAGGUUUCAACAAUGCAGGAGUUAAUCAUUAUGAUACAGGGGACAUGAGUAACUGCAUAAAUCCACUCUGAUGAAUGGAGGGAGGCUUUAUGAUUCAGUCCGUGACGUUGGUGUUAUAUCGCCGUGGCAGUAAAAGAAAUGACUUCAUAUCCUGCGAAUGUGCAGCAAGUGCACGGCCAGCAGAUGUUGUUGUGAACGUCUCUCGACGCACAAGUGGGAGAAGCAAACACAGCAGAACCUCCGAGGCAGAUUAUCAGCCAGACUGCUGAGACGCGUCCAGGUGGGCAGAGCCGUCUGUCCAAUAUGACAGACUUCACCUCACUUUGGUUGGAAGAUUCUCUUUAUGGAGUUGUUGGUGUAAAGCUGUAUUAAAGUUGGAAUUUCGAUGAGUGCAGAUUAGUCCCUGUAUUGUCUUUCGCUGCAGGUGUUUCUCCACUUUUAAGAGGGAGUUGUAUUGUUAUAACCGUUGUGCAAAGAUAGGACAAAACAUCAUCUUGAUUGUAUCGUUAGCCAUGUUUACAUGUGCAAAAUUUCUUAAUCCGAUUAGAAAUUUUAAGGAUCGGAUAAUCUUAACCAAGUGUUUAUAUGGGCGCAAAAUCAAUAUUGUAAACAUUUGGACAUGCGCAGGGUUGUCUAAUUUCGCUAAAACAAUCGCAAAAGGAGGACGUGGCUCACCUCAUCCAAUUCAGGAGUUUUCCCCCGUUAAAUGUUGUCACUAGAUGGCGCUCUUGCGUACUUAUUUUACUAUCAUGUCAAGGGUUGCAAUGUCCCUAGAGAUGUGUUAUCAUUACACCAUAUGUACGCCUUGUUAUGUUACUGGAGGCGAUGUUUUUUUUUUUGUAGGAUGCUAGGGUAAAGUCCCGCCCUCCUUCGCCUCUGAUUGGUUAGAAAAGCUGAAAACGUCGACACACACUCAAGCCAAACGCGGGCUGUCUGCUCUGUACAUCGAACAUUACAGAACAUUAUCACACUUCUGAAUCUUCUGACACUAACCCUAACAGACGAUGACGUUUCACAGCCAUUAGGAAUAACCAAUCGGAGCCCAGCACUUUAAGCCAAUCAGAGCCGAAGGAGGGCAGGACCUGGCAGCUUACUGGCAGCUGCAGUUGUGGUCCUGUACUGACCUCAAUAAAUAAGUCAAAGGCUAAAGAGUGAAGACCAAGUCAGGACAGAGAGUCACGACACGUUGACGCGUUUCAGGAUAACGAUCGGCGUAAACCACUCCUCUCGAUCGGAAUACAAUUUCUUUCAGAUUGGGCCAAACUGAAUCUGAAUCUUCCGAUCGACAUGUUUAUAUGACACAUUUUUAUUCCGAUAGGGUCUUUAGUCCAAUUAUUUGUGCCCAUGUAAACGCAGCUACUGUCACCAAAAAUAGGCAAACAUAACGAACUCUGAUCCUGCUGUUUUGGGCGCAUUUUGUAUCCGCAAUUUGACAGUUAUUGCGGAAAAGCUUUAUUUUUUAUUUGUUGUGAAUAUCAUAUCUGACCAAAUUAGGUUUCCAGGUUAGUGUGAAUUGCAUGAAUUGACACACCUUCACCUAAAAUAACCGACUGUUUUCUGUCUGUUUUGUGCAAUUAUCUCAAAUUCUUCCCGUGAAAUCGUCCUUUAAAGGUUUUUUUGUCUGAGGAUGUGCAUAAAAAAUAUGUCAGCCAUCAUCAUCGUUUCUCCGUGGGUAGUAAAGGCCAUUAUUUUCAGGGGAUUACCGUAAAAUAGAAUUAUAUUUGAUUCUUCAGGGGAUUUGAAUGUUAAUAUUGAGGAUCCGAUUUUAACUAAUUUAACACAUGAUCAAUUUUAGAGUUUCAUGUUUCCGUGAUCCGACAUCUGGCGGUGCGUAACCGUUCGUCUCGUUACACCGGCUUGUCAUGACCUACAGGAGGAAAGGAAAGGAUCAAAGCUUCAGGACUAACAGGCUGUUUAUGUCUCUCUGUGGUUAAUCCGCCAAAAUCCCAGUCAACCCUGUCUGAGACUGGCAUUCCUCUGCAGACAUCAGUCGCCUGCUCUGGUCCCAUUGAUUCCUCAACAGACUCCUGCCGCGGUGUCUUCUUAAUCCUCCAUGAUACGCGCUCUGAUGAUAAACACAGACUUUGGAGACAGAGGCUCCCGGCUGGCUAACCCUGGGUUUGUUGCGCUUUUCGGCAUCUUUAAGACCGUCUUCAAUCAGAUCCAGUUUCAUUUGGCUCAGAAAAUGGAUGUAUGUUUAUGCGUUUGGCUUUCAGCUGCUGUUAUCUCGAUUUGGAGCCAGUUGGUUUGGAGAAAUGGAUCACCUUGCUCAAGGGCAUCUUGUGUAAUGGUGAAAAUAUAUCAACGUUGAUGGUUAACAGGGGCUGGAAAUAUGAGCAUGCUCUCUCUUUGCCCUUAAACGCAAACACGGCCUACCUCUCUGGACGCUAACCGCCACAAACUGUCAUGGACGCUCUUUACGUUUCCAUCCAUCUUCACGACCUUUUUUCUGUAUUUUCUUCCUCUCUUUCAGCCCUCCCCGAAUUCCCACUAGGAUCUUCUCUUCCCUGUUGGAGACCUUCUCCACCCCCCACAUCCAGCAGCCAUGGCAGAUGAUGCGGACAUGCGCAAUGAGCUGUCAGACAUGCAGCAACGCGCUGACCAGCUGGCUGAUGAGGUGAGGAGAACGUGCAUGUUGAACGUGGUUCCUGCAAAAAAGCAAAAGUUCUUUAAGAAUGUUGUGCAGGAGAUCUAAAUCAUGCACAUACACACACAUGACUGGAGUUUCCAUGUGUUGGAAUUUGCACGAGUGUGUCGGUAUAUGUGCGUGCAUGCAAGCGUGCAUGUGUCAUUAGCGAUCAGAGUGACAGAGAGAGACAGAGAUGGUCUCAGCCGUGGCCCAGAGCAGAUGAACCCACACCCCUCCAGCUUCACAUAUGACUCACACAGGCACAGCUGAGCAGAAUAUUAAACACACACACUCACACACACACACACACACACACACAUGCAUGCAUGAACAUAGGGCAUGCACAAAAUGGCGGCACCAGAAUAACAGUUUUUGACCUACGAAGUCACUUGCGUUAUUGCCUUUUCAUACCGAUAAGGAUGCGAGAUGUAGUUCUGUACAGAUGCAGGUGAACUCUCGCUUGUUGAAAAUCUGUAAAAAAAGAUAAAUAAAAAUGAAAGUAUGAGAUGAGAAGAAGAUGAAAAAAGAGACUCAAAGAUGGUGCUGAAUUGAAACCCCUCUUCUUCUUCUUCUUCUCCUUCAUCCCACCGUAUUUGCUCCAGUGGAUCAGUCAUGCUUGCCAUCAGCGCAGCGAGGCUGUGUCACUGUACGAGGAUUUGGAUAUCACAGAGAGCUCUGCAGACACACACUUCUUAGGAACAUGCAGCUGCAUAUAUCAAUACACAAUAUCAAUAAUAUUAGGAAUCAAACAGAUAAAGAGAGAGAGCGAUCAAAGCUAGCUUACUUAUUUUUCAUGUUCGUGUGACUAAAUAUGAAGUUCUGAGAGAUAUUUCACAUUAUAUAAGAUACGUGUCCUUCUGAUUGGGUUUGCAUGCUCACUUAUGCACAAUAAUGUGUGUAUAAUUCUGAUCUUGUCAAACUUGACUCGUUUGUGAUCGCUGAAGCUGUUUGAUAACGACGUUGUUUUUCAAACUAACUGUUUUCUUUUAUUUCCCCACAGUCCCUGGAGAGCACUCGUCGUAUGCUGCAGCUGGUGGAAGAGGUGAGAACAAUAAUAUCAUUUUUAUGAUGAGUUUAAAGAAUUCAUGACAAUGUGAGUCUCAGGCAUAAAUGUAUAACUUUACCGAGGAGGAAAAAAGAGCUUCACAGGGUGACUUUUAAAGUUUGGAAAUAAUAGUUUUUAUGCAAAAUCAUUACUGUGAUCUGUAUUUUAUACAUGCAAGAUCUGCAUAUUUAAGAUAUGCAUAAAAAUUAGGGCUGUCGAAAGAUUAGUUUUUUAAUCGCGAUUAAUCGCAGAAUCUUUAUAGUUGACUGCGAUUAAUCGUGGUUUGAAUUGAAUGUUUAAAACUCUUAUUUUGCAUCUCAAGGCAGUUCUCAGCCCAUAUUGUAAAGUAUUUCUUACCAGAGUCUUAAAUGGGAAUCAGAUAAAUACUUUUUUAUGAUGAGGUUGCUGUUGCAGGAUGCAUGAAUUCUCCCCUGUGAGUUGUAAACAACGUCCCCGUAAUUUUUAUUUGCACAAUAAAAAAAAAGGCAGAUGAUGGUCUUAUAGGAGCAGGAGUGAGUGAUAAUGGUUCAGAUUAGCAAAAAGAAGCUCCUUGUUCGGAGUUGAUCUGGUCCGAGCUCUUUAACCCUCAGUUCUCCUGCAAAGAUCGAGUUUUCUUUCUGCAUUUUGUCAAAGACACAUUCAACGACUUGAGCUUCAAACUAUUUUCAUCAUGAAGCUGAAUUUUUACGACUUAGUUUGUUCUUCAUGUCUUGAUUAGAGGACACAGACCCUCGCUGACACCUGCUUGCUGCUGUUGGUGUUUUAUCGGCUGUGCAACUGAAGAUAAGAGCCAGUCGAGGCCUGAGGGUGCGAAUGAUUGCGCUCUGAUCAAUACGUUCAGACUUGUUCAACAUUUUUAAUCUAUAUAUCUUAUUGCAGCGUAUUUAUUUUAAACACCAGAUAUGAUAGGUAGAAAAAUACUUGAUUAAUUUUAAACUUAAUUAUUAGAGAUUGUCGCUCCAGUUGGGAGUAGAAGGAAUCAAAUGAAGAAAACAGAGAGAGAAAAGGCGUGGACUGCAAGAGGGGGGCGGCGUCUGGCGAGCUCUGUGCCGAUCUCAAGGUCAUAUUGAUCAUCAGUCCACAUGUCUCACCGCAUGUAGCCGCACUCUCAUCACACCGCAGGAGAGCGAUUAACUCAUUUUUUCUGAUCAUUGUCACAAAAACAGGCGACGAGCGGAUUAUUUUGCAGAUUAUAUUCAUUCAGACGAGGUUAUUGUAGUCUGUUUUAUUCACGGUGUAACUGCGACACCAUCUUCUCGUAUAUGUGCGUUCAUCCAGCUGCUCUGUGUGAGGAGUCUGAGCUAAACUGCGCCGUUCAGUCACGUUGGGAUUUUUCAGAAUAAUUUAUACACCGCCUUAUCCUCAUGGCUUCCUUCUCGCCUCGCAAACAUCUAUGUGGUUUUCUCCCAAACUGCUGAGGAUGCAGGGGGAAGGGGGGGAUGGUGCGUGAACCGAUGCAUGCAUUAUGGUGUGUUUGUGCACUGACACACCAUAAUCUUAUUUAUGCCUAUCAGGCUGUGCCAGGUGCCACAUCUAAGCGUCUCUAAGAAGCAGAGAGGAAGACGAGUCGAAGCAAGAGUCACUCUCUAUCAAAGCCUGCAGCAAACCAACCCUAUCGAUGAUGACUUAGGCUUCCCUGCUACACCCGAGUGUCGAGGCGCAGCAGCUUCUCAGAGGGGUUACAGAAAUGGAAACGAGAAGGCUGAAACGUUGAGGGGGAAUACGACACUACUUGUGCAUGAUCUAAAGACAGCCGAACGGGAUUCUGGGUUAUUAAUUGCGUCAUUUGUACAUGAAAAACCAAUGGCAUCCCCCUGCUGUCAGCAAUACUAUUAUUAAUCUCCAGGGGGCUAUUUCCUGCUGAAGGUGUAAUGGCCAGAUGACCACUGCCUUUUCCAAUCAAUACCAGCCUGCAUGCUGAUGUAAGGGGAGCAAAUAUUCUCAUUUGUAUCUUUGGGAGAGCAGAGGCGGGAGCUAGAUGUUCCAGCUAAACCUGCAAGAGACCAAAGCUGAAUUAAAUAUUGUUAUCCUAAAUGAAUCAAACUCAGAUGAUUGAGUUUAAAGAAAUACUGAUUUCCAGAGGUCAAAAAGCGAAAGGUUGGCGUGAAAACCGCUUACGCCAGCUCCUACUUUGAUUCCUUUUGAUUCCCUGAACUCCUGCAGCCUCGUUCCUGACCUCUAUUUCUUUUUUAUGUCCCCCCCCCCCUCUCUCUCUCUCCCUCGUUCCUCAUUUCUACCCGCCUCUCUCCCGGGAAUAGAGCAAAGAUGCCGGCAUCAGGACUUUGGUUAUGCUGGACGAGCAGGGAGGUAAGACUGGAAGAGGCGGAGCUGCUGUUUCAUAUUAAAUAAUAAUCCUGCAGCACAUUCGGCUGAUAUCAGAACUGUUUGGUGAUAUUUCAAAUGUUUUUAAACACGUUAAUGGAUGACAUGUUUCAUAUGCAGUUGCUUGUUUUCAUUUAAAUGCUUUUUCUUCUCGAUUCAUUUGUUUUCACUUUAAUUCUCUGUUUGGGUUUCGAUUAACUGCAUGGUUCGUUUAACUCGGGGGAUUUUUCUUUCUUUCUUUCUUUCUUUCUUUCAGCUUAACCUUUUUUCUUAUUUUUACCUUUGGCUAACACUUUUUCUUUUUCGUUCCUUUCGCCUAAUUGCAUUUGAUUUGCCAGGAGCUUUCUUUUUUUUUUAACUUUCAUUUGCUAACGAGGGCAGCGGAAGAUUUCUGAAAGUGCCAAAAUAUUUCAUGCUAACUAACGCAGUGCCAAAACCUGCAGCUUAACAUCAGGAUGAACCACUUCUUGUGCAGAAUUCACUCGUGUAAAGUGGCGGCUGAUGGCAGGGCGGGUUUACAGCAUUAAGACAGCUGAUUUAAGUACGAUUUGACUUUAAAACCUCAAGAAAUCAUACUGAUUACAUUUAGUCACAUCAGAAAAAGAUAAAAAUCCAAAUUCUAUGAGUGACUAAAUCUGUUUUUUGCCUUCGGCCCUGCCAUCAUGCCGCCUAAGGGUGGAAAAACACAAGAGGUGGAUUUAAAGAAAAAGAGAAAACGAUCGAUUUAGCUGGUAGCGACAAAUUCGUAUCACUUCUCCACCAACUCAUACACCGAUUUGUACGAUCCCUGGUUAGACGCAUUAUAUAAAAAAGGUCAAACGUGCAGAAUCGGCUCGUCAAUACUGAUAGUGUGACACCCUUCGCUUCACUUAACGUUAGGUGGGGCUAACCUCAGCGCUCCCAUUGGCUGGAGGGCAUGUAAAGCUUUAAUUGCACCAGAAAGGCUGUUUACUCGGGGGGAUAAAAGCUCUAUCCCUUCUGAGACCAUCCAUUUAUCCCCUCAGCCCGGUCUUCCUGCACUGUAGGAUCACCACUUUAAAAACCAAUUUCAAUGGCUGACUGGACAUACAGGCGUUUAUAAGCCUGAGCUGACCUCUGACCCUCUACUAUUGAUCUCGCGCAGCCUGUAGCUAACUCGUAUUUUAGUUGAUAAAGGGUGUCACUGAAGAAUAAAGUUAGAUAUGAAACUUCCAGGAGAGAUUCAACGUCUACAUAAAUGCAUCCAACCAGGGAUUUGACAAAACUGGAAAAAAAAGAAAAAAAAGUCAAUGAAUUACUUUUUAAUCCGCCCCAUAUUUAACUGUGCCUUCACCCUUUCACAUGCUGCCUGCACCCUAUUUCCUUUAAUCACACGCUGGAUGGAGAACUCUUUAUGCUGCAGAAAAGUCACCAACCACCACAUCAGCAUGACAAAAGCCCCCGAUGCUCAUAAAACCAGAAUCCAAUUAGACUUUAAAAAACCCCGGAAAUAAACGCAAAGCCAGACAAAGCAACGCAGGCAGAUUUCAGCCGAGUAAGCCACUUUGUUUACCGCAUUGUGGCGACUUUUGUUGGGUUUCGAGAAGCAGCGUAUAGUCGCCUCUGUUUAUUUAGAAACAUAGGAUCACUAUUCCUUGAUUCUCAGGCCAUACAAACGAGUGUUUCGAGGUUUUCUGUGCCUCUCCAGUAACAGUUAUAGCUCGCACAGCUGGUAGCGAGGCUGAGUCAGACAGAUGUAAGAUAUAAUGUCAUAAAUACAGUCGAGGCAAACAACAUUUUAUUUUGCACGUUCAAGCAGAAAAAGAACUGAACAAUAACUUUCAAAAAGAGUUCUAAUAGAUUACAUCGGCUUGUUCCCUGUUUGCUAAAUACAGAAUAUUGUACAAAAGAGGAUUAGGACCAUAUUAAGAGAAAAGAAAUAAAUACAGGAGGGAGAUUGAAGUUGAAAUUUCAAGAAUAAAGUCAACAUUUUGAGAAAAAAAAAAUUUGAAUGUCAAUAAAAUGGAAAAUUUGAGAUUAAAAAUCCAAAUUGCAAGAUCAAAGUCGAAAUUUUGAGAUUACGAAACGUCAUAAUGAAUGUCAAAAUAUCAACAUUAAAAAAUUUGCAUUUUGAAAUUAAAGGCAACGUUUUGAGAUCAAAGGUGGACGUACAGUCAAAAUGUCAAAAUUAAAAAUUGAAAUUUCAAGAUUAUGCAAUGUUGUGAAUAAUGUUGAAAUGUCAACAUUAAAAAAUUUUAAAUUUUGAGAUUAAAAAUAAAGUUUCAAGAUUAAACUCAACAUGAAUUAAGUCGAAAUUCGGAGAUUAAAGUUGAAAUUUUCUGAUGACAAAAUGUCAUAAUUUCGAAAUGUCGACAUUAAUAAAAAUAAAAAAUUUUGAGAUUAUAGGUGAAGUUUCCAGAUUAAAGUCAACAUGAAUAAAGUCUAAAUUUUAAGAUUAAAAAUUGAAAUUUCGGAUCAAAAUCUAAAUUUUUAGAUUACGAAAUUUCGUGAAAAAUGUCGAAAUGUCAACAUUAAAAAAAUAAAAUAAAAUAUUUUGAGAUUAAAGUCAAAUUUCAAAAUUUAAAAUUAAAAUUUCGACAUUAAAAUCAAGAUAAUGUUAUGUCAUGAAUAAUGUUGAAAUGUUGACUGUUAAAAAAUUAAAAUUUUGAGGUUAAAGUUGAAAUUGCGACUUUUUUUAAAUAUCGACUUUAAUCUCGAAAUUGAAAUUUAAAAAAUUCCCUUCCUCUAAUUAUUUAUUUUUCCCUUCUUGUGGCCCUGAUCCUCUUCUGAAAUAACGAGUUUUAGCUAGGAUGCUGUGAGCUUCAACCAGCUUCAAGACUUGACGUGGCGGCUCACAGCUUUCUCGGUUAAGAUGCAUCUAAAGCUGACUCAUUGAAGUUGCAUGUAUAUAUACACACAGUAUAUAUAUUAUAGUAUGAAGUUUAUCAGCAGUUGCAUACAAAGACUCUCCCCUGAGUCUGAUCUAUUAUUAAAGCAGAAGAUUCGCCUCUCGAUUACUUUGAUCAGCGACCCAACGACUUCAUCGCCAUUUCUUUCAGCUUUUCCGACAUAAUUCUUGAUGAAAUUUUGAUGCCGCUCAAGUAAGACUUAGUUCAGUCUUAGUGUCACACAAUGCACACACACACAGCUGAGUAUCAAUCUGACUCAAAUACUGCUCAUCAUGACUCAUAUUUCUGUCGAUCAGUCAAUGAAAUUCAUUCCACUACUGUCAUCCCUUUGUCCUGACCAGAGCAACUCGAUCGUGUUGAAGAUGGCAUGAACCAUAUCAACCAAGACAUGAAGGAAGCCGAGAAAAAUUUAAAAGAUUUAGGGAAAUGCUGUGGGCUUUUCAUAUGUCCAUGUAACAAGUAGGUACUGACAACGUGCCCCAAAGGUCCUUUACAUAUGUGGUGGCGUCCAGUUUUCCUCUUUUUUUUUUUUCUUUUUUCUUCUUUUUACUUUCUUUCGUCACAGUGAGUGUCUGAAGUUGUUGUCUUCUCUCCUUUGUCCUUUCUUUAUCUCUCUCUCUUCUUCUCUUCUUCCUUCUUCUUCUUCUCUCUCUCUCUUCUUGUGCUUCGUUCUGUGGGGGAUAAAUGACUUGUGUUUAAUCAGAGCAACUGGAGCGCAUCGAGGAGGGAAUGGACCAAAUCAAUAAGGACAUGAAGGAUGCAGAAAAGAAUUUGAACGAUCUAGGGAAAUUCUGUGGUCUUUGCUCCUGUCCAUGUAACAAGUAGGUGCUGCUUGCCUGCCUGCCUGCCUGCCAUUCAGAAAUACGAGUAAAUAUCUAAGGAGUCUAGAGUUUUAAUCGAGGUAGAAGUGACAUCAUGGUGGCCAUCAGCCAUUAGUCCGCUCUUCUCCAGUUUGAAACCAACCUAAAACUGUCCUUGACAUCUUCACGAGGUGGACACAGGAGGCCAUGAUCUCGCAAACACUCGAAAUUUGAACGCUAAUAUUUCAUCUAAUAAAAAAUAGAUAAAUGUGCAACUUUUCUGAGUUGGUCCUGCCUCAGCACUCACUAAAAAGGGACCUAGAUACACAUAUCUGUGUGUACAGAUAUUCUAGAAAGACAAAUUAGCUGCAACUAGGGCUGCACGAUUAAUCGAGGCGUAAUCGGAUUAUUUAAUUAUGACGAUGUUAAAAGAAUUAAAAUCGUCAAAUUGAUUUUCCUCUCUAUCAUGUCUCGCACCUCCAGGCCACAGUAGCUCCCUCUUCCUACAGGAGCGCUCCCCAGUUCCCACAAACACCAGUGUAAACAAGUAUGGCAUUUGCAAAAGAAGGCGAUAAUUUCGUGGCUAAACAGAAUAAGAACAAGUCAGUUGUGUCGAAUUGGUACGGCUUCGCAAUUUCGGAUGAAGAGCAAACCACUCCCCGCUGCAAAGUCUGUCUGAAGGCGGGAAAUGCAAAAGUUUCUUCCACACGGAAAUGGCGUUUCAGGUGACUGUAAACUGUCCUUUUCGAAAACGGGUCAGAGAGCGCAUAAAUCCGUAAACGACUGCCAUUUCAUCUCCAUGUGGAUGUCUAUCUGCUUCUCUGGAAAUGAUCAUGUGACACACAAUGUAACUCUUUUAUGGCGCCAAUACAACCUUUAAACGCAUACUCUUCUUCUGUCUUUUGUGCAUUUCCUGUGCAGCGUUACAGCGCCACUUACUGGCUUGGCAUACGUACUACGUCGUUUUCAGUGGUUUCGUUUUAAGAUACGAUAGGAAAAACUUUUACUUUAAAAGUGAAGUUUGGUGAAGUUGUCGCUGAAUAAAAAAUUAAAAAUCGAGUUUUCAGAGAGAAAAAAAAUCACUCAGCCCUAGCUGCAACUAACCACUAACUUAUUGCACCAACCAGACAGCUCAUACCACUUUUUGUCCAAUACCUUUGUCCUACCUGGUGAGCCAAACCUUUGACCAUAGCCUCAAAAGCGCAUCAACAUAAACUCAUAUUUCCAACUCAAAAGAGAUUAAAAAUUCAAGUUCUACUUUGAGGCAGAUUCAGACGUACUGUAGGUCAUCGCAAGCACACGCAGCAGUCUUCGCUUCCUCUACUUAAAUGUGUAUCCAUGCUGCUGUCCAACCACUCACGCUCAGAUAGAUUGGCAAGAUCUAAAUCCUGCAAAGCCGCCCUCUAAGGUCCAGUCCUUCACGUAAGCACUUCUUCACUUAGCCGAAGCCAUGGUUCAUCUUGAAGUGCCUCUCUCUAAACACUCUUCUACCAAGUGGCCUUCUCUCUAUAAUAGGAGUCAUCUACAGCACAUGCAGCUGCAGCCAGUGUAGAAGUCCAACGUGAAAUCUGUCCAAUAACUCAAUAACAAAGUGGCCAUCCAAACGUCCAAACUAUACCCAGAUUCUACCAAAAGAGCAGGGCGAUGGCUCCUCAGGCAUCUCGGUACUCUGAUCGCUCUUCUGUUGGCUCCUCUUGGAAAUGCGGUGAUCUCGGUACUGAAAUGCCUCCGGUCCAGCCUGGUCCAGAACUGUUUGACACUUCUCCUCCUCUGCAUGAUCUCUACCACUACUGCACCACUCUAACACUUAGCAGACCUCCACCUCUUUGAAGGAUACGAGACCUUUCUGUUUCCCCUCAAGCAUCCUUCUCUCCCCCCUUACCGCCAUUUUGAACCACAACGCACCAGUGACGUGGAAUGACUGGCGAGCAUGAUCCUUUGAAUGCUCAUGCAUGCUCAUAACAGGACUGCUACAUAUGAUGAUGAUGAUGAUGAUGAUGCUGUUAUUAACAAUGAAGGUGGUAUUGAUGAUGUCUAUGGUGAUGGUGAACAAAUCUUUGUAUGUUGUAUUUAUCAGGACAAAGCCGGGUGUCUUUUCUCUUUUUGGAUUAAUGGGGAUAAAACAGAAGAAAGUCAGAUUAAGUUUUAUUUUUUAAGGAAGGAAAAAUGAAUUUCAAGAGCAUCAAAACAGACACAAAACAACCGCCAAGGCUCCCACCUUGGUCCUACGCCCAAUCCCUCAAGCACCAGACCCUUCAUGUUCCUCCUGCAUCCCCAGGAAAGCUUUCGCCAAGGUGCCGAAAAAGAGGGUCAGAUCGAUAGUUGAGGAACAAUGCGGUUUUCGUCCCGGUCGCAGAACUACGGAUCAACUCUUCAUCCUCACUCGGGUUCUUUCGGGAGAUGGGAGUUUGCCCAACCAGUCCACAUGUGUUUUGUGGACUUGGAGAAGGCCUACGACCGUGUCCCUAGGGGAAUCCUGUGGGGGGUGCUCCGGGAGUACAGGGUGUGGAUGGUACCAAUCCCUUUACCAAAGGAGCACAAGCUUGGUCCGUGUAACCGGUUGUAAGUCGGACUCGUUUCCAGUGAGACUUGGACUCCGGCAUCUGGUUAGGAUGCCUUCUGGACCCCUCUAGUCCAGACAUGUCCCAGCGGCCCAGGACCAGGUGGAGGGAUUAGAUCUCUCGCCUGGCCUGGGAGCGCCAGGGAAUCUCCCCGAAAGAGCUGGUGGAAGUGGGUGGGGUGAGGGCCGUCUGGGCUUCGUACUGGCAUCAGUCAGUACAUUAACAUGACACUUAAAAAGACCGAAUUAUUGCCUUACUUCGAUUGAGACCGGACAACUGAGGUACAUGUAAACACCUUAGUUUGACUAUAAUCAGAGUUUGAGAACGGAGUCGAAGAACUGCGAUUAAGACACCCAGAUAAUGCGAUUGGAAUUCGAUUUUCUCUACCAAGUAACCAGCGUAUACGAUCGGACAAUGCAUGUGUGCGUGCGCCAUGCCCCCAUAACAAAAACACCAGAGAAGAGGAGUGGCGUGCAUCUCAUCUGCAGAGAAAGUAGGGAGUACAUCAUUUACGACAAAAACAACGCUGUACGAUCUUCUUGCAGCAGUUGUAGCCACUUCUGACGUCUGGCUCAGACCUGUUGUUGUUGACGACAGUUGUAUGGGGUUGGGAACAGCGCUGCUGAAAAGACCGAUAGUUUUGGGGAGGAGGACACAUUCACGUCAAUAAUUCGAUUUUCUCAACUGCAUGUAUACGCUGACAAGGAGAGAAGUCCGAUUCGGCGGGGAAAAAAAUGAAUUUUGAGCUUAGCCCGAUGAAGCUGUGCAUGUAAACGCACAGACUGGGAGUCAAAAGUGAGCUGAGAAAAGCAGGAGAGCACUGAGCCGUUCCUGAGAUGGAAACUGGGUUAGGACACAUGCGCAGUCAGAUCUUUUUAUGGUUGCAGACAUGUUUUCGUUCAUCAUGCUGCUGUGCAUUUCCUGUUCUUUACCCGGCUCACCGCAGCCUUGUUUUCCUCCUGCUCCUGCUGCAGUGCCACCUCUCCUGCAGAGCGCCAAGCUAAAUUCCCUUUUAUCCAGCUCUGGCUGUUUCAACAUUACUGUUUUCGCUAAGCCGCCUCUCCCGAGGGGAACUCGCUCACAUGUAGGUCAGCCAUAUCAGAUAGUGGCAUGAUAGCCUGCUGGGAAGUUGACAGGAACUGAACGCACACAUAGAUGGACACUGGAAGGGUAAAGGAUGCAUUUUUCACCACUUAAAGAUGGAGAAGCAAUUCCAUCAUGUGAACCAGGAUGUGUCUUAAUCCCUGCAGCAGCAUGCUAGCUGUCUGUCAGAAUUAGCAGACUUCUGAAGGUUUGCCGCUUAAUACCGUUAGAUUUCUCUGUUGGUGGACUUCGAUUGCUCAAUUCGCAGUCAGCAAAUGAAUUAAAAAGAUUUCAGUUUUACCAUCGGGUCUGUAAUACUCCAAAGAUCUAAUCAUAUCGAAUCAUUUCAGCAGCAAAGCUGAUUAGAAAAGUGCAUUAUGUCCAUUCUGGGCCUGCGAGGAGGCAAACUGCAAAGGAGAAUUGACUGGAUGUCAAAGGAAAGGAAGAAGAGCGAGCUAGGAACCAGAAGAAGGAUCUGAGACGAGGGGAGCAUGUGUGUUUACCACCCUGGUGUGUGUCAGCAGGGACAGAGAGCCAAGCAUAGCUCUGCCUCAGUCUAUUUCUAUUAAUAAAGCCGUGUAGGAGGCUGAGCAAUCACCAUCACUGAUGCAGCGAAAAUACAGCCACACGAAAAAGCAAAAACAGAUCCUGUAAGACGAGGCAGACAAAACACCUGAAGAAAUACGAUUCAUUAAGCUGCUGGAGAGUUAAAAAGGGUUUAAAUCCUGGAGACGAAUGUUUAUAAAACACCAAAGACAUGAAAAUGAGACCUCUUAUCUCUCCAUCCAGACUAUCUGGUUCCAGAUCUGAGAAAGAGGAUUAGGGCCACAAGAAGAGAAAAAAAUAAGAACAGGAGGGAGUCGAAAUUCUAACUUUAUUCAUGUCGACUCUAAUCUCUAAAUUUCGGCUUUAAUUUCAAAAUUAAAUUUUUUUAAUCUCAAAAUUUCGACAUUAUUGGCGACAUUUAGACAUUUUUUGUAAUCUCAAAAGUUUGACUUUGUUGACAUAAUUUGAUUUUUUUAAUCUCAAGAUUUUGACUUUAAUUUCAGAAUGUUAAUUUUGUUAAUCUUUCAAUUUCGACUUUACUUAUGUAGACUUUAAUCUUGAAAUUUCGACUUUGAUUUCAGAAUUUUAAUUUUUUUAAUCUCUUAAUUUCGAUUUUAAUUUGAAAAUUUUAUUUUUUAAAAAUUUGAAAAUAAUAAAAUUUUCAACUUUAUUCAUGUCAACAUUAUUCGCCACAGUUCGGCAUUUCAUCAUCCUGAAAUUUCGACUUUAAUCACGAAAUUUUCAGUUUUUAAUCUCAACAUAAUUUCGAUCUUUUUAAUCUCAAAAUGUCGACUUUAAUCUCCUUCCUGUAAUCAUUUUUUCCUCUUCAUGUGGUCCUAAUCAUCUUUCGUACAAAUCAGACGCUGAAUCUCACGUUUGUCGUCAGCGUAGUUUUGUUUAUCUCCGUCCUGUGAGGUCGGGACUCCUUUACCUGACAUCCCAGAGUCCUGGAGGUGAAUCAGUGAGAUUUAAAGAGUUUAGGGGGAGGGGUUAGAGGAGUUAGAAACAGGUGUUAUUAUCUGUUCACUCUUUUUUUUUUUUACUUUGUUUUCUUUUGUCAUUUGGCAAAUUUGUUGACCGUCGUCGUUCCUCCUGACAGUCCUGUACACUCUAUGUUCUGUGUGUCUGCUCCAAGCUUGUCUCUUUUCUGUUUUCUGUCACACUGGGACAUUUUAGUGUUUUUGGGGGAGGGGGAGGAGGUGUGUUUUAUUCUCUAAUAUUCGACCACAUGUAGAAACUUUAGGAUGCAUGCCUAGACCUGGAGUAAGAAGAUGUGACUUGUGCCUGAUUCUGAGCAGUAUGUUAUAUACCCACAUGAUAUAACAUCAUCGCACACACAUUGUUAUUGUGUUAAUAACAAGAGAAUGAGUCUGAACUGACCAAACCCAAUCUACCUACCAGUCUGUGCCUGCUAUGCUUUGCUUGACUUAGUCUAGUCCCUCCCAUAUAUUUAUGUGCCGAAUGCAUGAAGCCAAAUAACACCUUUGUGCCAGCUGAUCACACCACGCCACAAGUCCGAGGCUUUCUCUGUAGAUUUGACUUGAUAGGAAAGCCUGUCGUGAUGAGGUGAUGUUCGUGAAGUGUUCGUUUAAACCGUUGAGUAACUUUUUUUUAUCCUCGCCUUCGCCGCCGCCGGCGCACAGGAUGAAGAGCGGAGCCAGCAAGGCCUGGGGAAACAACCAAGACGGGGUGGUGGCCAGCCAGCCCGCCCGCGUGGUCGAUGAGCGCGAACAGAUGGCCAUCAGCGGAGGUUUCAUCCGCAGGUACGAGAGGCUUAAGCUUGAUAAAUUGAACAGCUUAGACUAUAAAGUGUGGUCUCGAAUAUCAGCGUAAGGGUUCUUCAUGGCGUCCAGAUGGCUGAUCUGAGGUCAGGGUUCUUCAAGAGACCGGAUCAGAGGGCGAAUCUGGACGAAGGGCAGAGGCGCCACCUCCCUGAACCUUAGAGACACGCCAAUAUGUGAAGUGUUUGUGUGUUAAUGUGUGUUUGUGUGUGUUUGUGUUUAGGGUAACAGACGAUGCCCGAGAAAAUGAGAUGGACGAGAACCUGGAACAGGUGGGCGGCAUCAUUGGUAACCUGCGCCACAUGGCUCUGGACAUGGGCAAUGAGAUCGACACCCAGAACCGCCAGAUCGACAGGAUCAUGGAGAAGGUACGUGGAAUAAAAAAAAAAAGAUUAAAGUGGAUCCUGAUGUCCUGAUUUUACUCGAUCUCUGAGGAGAAAGCUCAUAAUCCAGCUCAUAUCGUCUUUUUUUAUUUAUUUUUUAACUUUAUUGUUAAAGUUUGUACGCACAAAAACAAUAGACAUGUGGGUAACACUUUAAAUAGCAUAUCGACCACUAAUAAAUUGUACAUUUUACAAUUUUAAAAACCUAACCCUAACCCUAAUUUUACAAUAACCAUCUAAGUAAUGUUUAUAGGUGGUUUAAAAACCAAAUAUUAAUCAUUUACAAAGUGUUACUGACACACAUUUUAAUCUAGAUGUUUCACAACCAACAUUUAAACCCUUUAUAAACCUUUAAUAAAUAGUCUAUUCAUAAUUAUUGCAAAUCAUUAAUCAUAAUUUCAUUGCUUGCUAAUUGUAAAGUAACUAUUAACUUACAUUAAUAAACUAUCUAUUUGCCAUUUAUAAUUGGUCUAUAUGAAAUAAAUAUUGACAUCCGAAAUAAUCGCACGAAAAAAAUGGUGAAAGGACCUUAACUCCCAGAGGACUAAAAUCCUUCAAAUGUUCAUUUUUAAAGGGUUUUAAUAUUUAUUUUAGGUGUUUAAAUGACUCUUUUAGGAUUAUGAUGCAUUAACUUCAAAAUUCAGGCAAUUCUUUGGUGAUAAAUCAAGCACAAAAAUAAUAUCUAAUACCUGCGCUCUCCUCCUCUUUUCCUUCACCCAGGCUGAUUCCAACAAGACCAGGAUUGACGAGGCCAACCAGCGCGCCACAAAGAUGCUGGGCAGUGGCUAAACGCUCUGAGCUCAGAGCGUGGGCUUCCCCGCGCCGCACGUCGUCGUCAGGCGCUGACAUGCUUUUCAUCAUGGUAUUGACCUUCUAGGUUUGCACACAUGCACAUAUCACCUCCCCUCCCCAUUGUAAAUGUUGUUCUGUGUGUCGUCUGUCGAGCUUUUUCAAGAUGAUUGUCCUCGUAAAAAGAUGAUUUCUUAUACUCCGUAUAUCAUUCUUUCCAAAGGUUGUAUAUAGUGCUGACUUGAUGGCUCUCUAGCUCACCUGUGAAGUUUUUAUUCUCUUUAUCAAUAUAUUUAUAUAUAUAUAUAUCAUAUAUUAUACAUAAUAUAUCAUAUAUAUAUACAUAUAUAUACUACAAAGUACACUGCUCUGGAUGAUAAGUAUAUAAUAGGAAUGCUAAACAAGCUGUUUGUUUGAUUCUUUUCCUUUUCAGUAUCUCAGUAUCGUCUUAGUAAAACUGUGUCAUUCCAUUUAGGCUACUGUCAUGCUCCUUAUUUCGGUGUUGUUACGACAAAAAGGGAGAAAACGACGGAAAAACACACACGCAAAAGAGUUACUGAGAGACGUAAAGGAUUGGCAAAGAGCACUUAACAAUCAGAAAAAAAGGCAGUUGGUACAUUUUCCUCCAUUGCAAUCAUACUGAGUUCCUGUUUAGACAAUGUGCAACUAGACUCUCUGUAGCUGUAUUAGACAUUGCAUUCCAAGUGAUGUGAAUUGUGCGUUCUCUGCAUGACAAAUGGUAGAUUUUAGUCUUAUAAAUAAAACCUGUCUGAAAAAUAUAUAUAAAAAAUGAUAACAUGGCAGUAGCAAAUUGACAAAAGCGCAUGCUCAGUAUUAGGACACAGUUGAUCGUUCCAUACUCCUGCAAGUUUGCAAUAGUGCCACUCUUUUUGUCUCGAUAUAUUUACCGACUGUGACCAUCUUGUUGUAAAAUAAUGAUGCAAAAGGGAUCAAAACAAGUGUGUUCAAGAAGAAAAAUGAGGACUUGGGGGUUGUAUUGCAAAAAACAAAAAACAAAAAACAAAAAAAACCAAAUAAUGACCUGUUUUCUAAAUGAUUAUGCAGUUCAAUGAUGACGAUGUUGACUUAUGUGCUGAAAGAUGAGGACUGGUUGUGUACUGUAUCAUAGGUUUUGGAUGCUCUGAAAAAAAAUAAACGUUUGCAAUGUAAAGCAAAGACGCAUAUUUCUGAGAGACCUUACUUUUAUAAGAAGACUGUAUCUGUAAGUUUAUUCUCCCCGUGUGGUUUGUUAUUGGUCAAAAAUACUGAUAGUAUCAAAUAACAGUAACUAUACUCUGAAACAAAACAAAAAAAAAACAUUCAAAAGGGUUUUUUUUGUUGCUUCUGUACUUUAGAGCUAUGCACACCAAAUCGCCAAAAUGCUGAGUAGUUAGAGUAAGGUGAUUAAAUACCCGAACCUGAAUGACACACAAUAGGUUAAACCGUGAGAUUGAUGUCCUCAACGCAUGUAAUAUUAAAGACUCCCUCUCUGUAUCCUGUCAGUGUGUGAAGUGGUGGACAUUUUGUAGCUAGCUGAAUUGAUUAAAAGUAAUAAACCCUAGUCCCAACGGUGUCUGUCUUUA